CCGGAAGCCGGAAGCGUCCGGUUGCGGACGUGUUGGGCGGAGCGGGAGCCUGCGACGUCCGCCAUGGAGCCGCUCUACCAGCAAACCCACAAGCAGGUGCACGAAGUCCAGUCUCACAUGGGCCGCUUGGAGACAUCCGACAGGCAGUCCUUGCACUUGGUGGAGAACGAACUUCAAGGCAGGAUAGACCAGAUAUUCAACAGCCUAGAGCGUCUGGAGGUUCUGUCCAACAAGGAGCCUCCCAACAAGCGGCAGAAUGCCAAGCUCCGUGUAGACCAGCUGAAGUAUGAUGUCCAACACCUGCAGACGGCACUGCGGAACUUCCAACACCGGCGUUAUGCCCGGGAGCAGCAGGAGAGGCAGCGGGAGGAGCUCCUGGCCCAGACCUUCACGACUAAUGUGAGCCAGGACUGUGCCGCCACCGCCAUCCCCAUGGAUGAGACGCUGCAACUGAACUCAUCCCUGCAGAAAGCCCAUCAUGGCAUGGAUGACCUCAUUGGCGGCGGCCACAGCAUCUUGGAGGGACUGAGAGCUCAGAGGCUAACACUGAAGGGCACUCAGAAGAAAAUCCUGGAUAUUGCCAACAUGCUGGGGCUGUCCAACACAGUCAUGAGGCUAAUCGAGAAGCGGGCGUUCCAGGACAAGUACUUCAUGGUCGGCGGGAUGCUGCUCACCUGCCUCAUCAUGGUCCUCGUGGUGCAUUACCUGACGUGACAGGCAUGGCCCGCAAUGGCCUCAGUAUGCAUGUGUGCGUGAGUGUGCGUGAGAGCGUUUGGGAUACAGAGAAUGACAGUCUUCUGGAACUGGGAGAGGACCCAUUGAGACUUUCAGACGAGUGUUUUGUCCAUUUCUUGGCGCCCCAGGCUGGCGAAGGGGAGCAAAGAUGCUUUGUUCUUGGAGAACUGAGGGAUGGGAGGGAAGGAGGAAGUGGGGUUGGGGGAGUUGGGGGGAAGGGGACUGGCCUGAAGAAAGGGAGGGAGGACAAAGCCGUGGUGGUGCCCUUUGCUGGCCAUUCCCUGAGCAUGGGAGACGGUUACUGGGCCCUGGAUGAAGGGGUUGGGCGUUCCAGUCCAACUAGGCCCUGGUGCUGGGGCAGCUAGGGUUGAGGGGUGCCGCCAGGCAGAAGGAUGUCCCUCUCGCCCUAUGGGGGAGGGUUUGCUGGGAUCCCUGGCACUGCCCCCUGCCCCCAGAAGCUGGGCAGUGGCCAGCCAAGGAUUGUUUUUCCCCCACCAUUGAGCUGCCAGACGUGGAAGAGGAGGCUCCUGUUUCCCCUGUUGUGUGCAGAGUGGGGUGAUGGCAGGUAGGGCCCAGGGUCCAGGGAAGGGGUGUCCUGCAUUGCCACUCAGCAGGGACCAAACUGCCUUGUCUCCAGCCAGCCUGGGCUUCUCCAAAACUCCUCUUCAGCCCAUCAGGAUUGGCCACCAUUUUUUGGCCGGGGUGAAGCUUAUUGGGGUCCAAGGUUCCACUCAAAUUGACUCAUCCAGUAUGUGUCCAAUCAGUGACUGCUCCCAGGUCUCCUAAGGCAGCUUGGGUCUCCACUGGCUCCUGCUCCUCACCUUUUCUGCCCCUGUGGACUACUCUCCUACCAGGUCCAGCCCCUGGGGCCAUGAGCUGUGGCAGCCUCUAGGGCUGCCCCUGGUCUGAAAGCCCCACCCGAGCUGUCUCCCUGGGCCCAUGCACCUUCUUUUGGGCCACUCUGGGUUUUUCUUACACCCCUUAUAUUUGCCGGUUAGUGGUUGGGGCUUAGGGAUGGGCUGGGCUCCCACUGGCACCCAGGAGAGACUCUGAGCUGUGCCUGUACAAUCCAACUCCACUGGCCACUCUGCCCACUGCUUGAGGCAGCUCGUGGGGUGGGGGUGACCCUUUCUAUGCUUCAGCUCUGGCUCAGAGUUAGUCAUGGCACUUCAUCUGAUCUCUGCCCAAAUUCAGGUGGGGGAAGUGGGGGGAAUGGAUUGUCAGGCUUAGCCCAGGCACAGAGCUGCUGCUGUGGCUGGGGCUGCAAGAGUGACAGGAGAGAGGGUUCCCUGGGUGAAGGCAGCCCAUUGCUCAACCCAGGGAGGGCUGGGUAUGUCGGGGCAGAGCCAGGACCUCCCCUUCCCUAGGGGAGAGAAGUCCAGAUCCCUCAUGCCCUCACCCUGAGGUGACCAGUCUACAAGUGGCUUCGGCAGGAGAUGCUGCAACUGUCUCUUACUGGACUACUGGCAGGAAGGCCCAGGUUCACCAUUCCAGAGGGUCCUGACUACUGGCCCAGCACAGAGCACAAUGGAGCCGUAACCAUGCAUGGCCUCAGGGUGAUGAGAAUAAACAGGACAUUGUAGGCCGGA